GGUAUUUAAUGAGAAGACAGAUCCGUAGUUACUCCAAACACCUUACUAAGAUGUCACCAGAAAUCAUGUUAGGGAUUUUGAUAUUGUCUGUGGUUAUCGUUGCCGCAUCAAAUGUUUCUGCACUUGAGGAACAGGUAUGGGUGCGUGAUUUGAACGCAGACAUUGAUAGACGCAACCUCGAAUCAGCUGGCCUGCCAUCUCAAUUAAACUUUCAACUUCUCCGUGGAAACAAUGAGUCAGACUUUCAUCUUAAUUUGGAAGAAAACCUCCGUCUGAAUGCGAACGCACCUGUAUAUGACGUCGAGCCAACCUCUGAUGGUAAACAGAAGUUAGUGAGGAAAACCUCUACACCUAUUAAGAGGACAAAGUUUUACCAAGAUAAGAGAAAUGGCGGAGUUUUCCAAGUCACAUGUGAAAAUAAAAAAGGCGGAGCUUGUCAACGAAAAUUGUAUGGCAAUUUUAAUGUGUCGGGACGAAGUUUCGAUUUGAAGCCAGUACCUGAUGCACCCAGCGUUCCAUCUCUACAUUUGAAAAGAGGAAAAGCGUCCGAUGAUGUUCCGCAUAUACUGGUUCCCAGCGAAGAGGAAGAAACCAAACCAAAACUAAAUGUUGCUAGUUCUGUAACUGCUGACUUUUUGGAAAUCCCAGAUCGAAAUCUACAAGAACGGAAGAAGUUGUUAGAGGAACUGAAGUCUUUUCUUACAGAAAGACAGAAAAAUGUUAUCGCAAAGAAAUUGAAAAUGGCAAGCAGAAGAAAGAGACAGAACAACUUGUAUGCCCUCGAGAUUUUAGUGGCUGUUGACCCUGAAAUGUGGAAUAAGUAUUUUGACACGACGCAAGGUGGUAAUGGACUUGACCAAAAUGACGCCACAGAGUUAAGACUACGACAGCAUCUUGCUCAUAUUAUAAAUGGAAUCAGUCUACGUUAUGAAUCUAUAGAUGAUCCAGCUAUGAACAUUUACGUUACUUUGUCAGGAUUCAUUUUCUACAAGAACAUAGAUAGCACAAAUCCCUUACCGCCCUCCACCGAUAUUCAAACUUUAGCCGGUGUUAAACAUGCCGAUGCGGAUGUUUAUAUUAACAGUUUAACAUCAUGGUCAGCAAAUCUUCAGGACCUACCUCAUAAUGAUCACAUUGCUGUAUUUACUGGAUAUGAACUGUAUUCAGGCAGUACAUCGAAUACCGGUGUUGCAGGAAAGGCAUGGGUCGGUGGAGUAUGUAAUUCAUACAGAACCUCCAUAAAUGAAGAUGGUUCGUAUUUUGUCACAGUAUCUGUGGCAGCUCAUGAACUCGGACACAAUCUUGGAUCUAAUCAUGAUGGAAGUGGAACUUCGUCAGGUUGUGAAAGCUCAGAUAAAUACAUUAUGGCUCCAAGUGUGACGAGUUUCUACCCAAGUCAACCGUAUACGUUAAACCCUUGGCGGUUUUCCACAUGUUCUGUCGCCGCUUUUAAAUCUUAUGUCGAAAACAUGGGCUCUGGAAACUGUCUGUUGGACCAUGGUGAUUAUUACGAUUCAAACGAGUACAGUAGUCACGUGUCAUUGAUGCCUGGACAAUUACAUACGCCGGAUGAACAAUGCAAACUAGUGAGGGGAGAGUCUUCAAGUCUAUGCUCGAACGCCGAGUCGGAGGACAUCUGUACAAUGAUGUUAUGCACGGGAGACAAUGGAAACUGUUGGUAUUACGCCGCAGCACGUGGUACCUCUUGCGGACCUUCCUAUGAGAAUAAGUGGUGUAUUGAAGGACAGUGUGUGACUAGGUCUGAUACCCACUUAGACGGGGGAAACUAUGAGAAUGGUUCAAGUAAUACUGGUGGGACACAAGUCGACACCGAAACAGAAAAUACAAACCAAGCUAGUGAUGGUAGUAAUGACGGCAACACAGCGGGAAAUACAGGAGGAGAGUCAAAUUCGGGUUGUUUAGAUCAUGGCUGGGAGGGAUGGAGUUGUCAGAAAGUAUCCGACUACUUUCUAGACGCGUAUGGAGCAGAGCCUUCGCAAUGGUGCAUGGACCCGACAUGGAAUUACAAUUGCUGUUUAUUUUGUUCUGGUAUGAGCUUUUUGUAAGACAGCUAAUGAAAAUAGCAAUACAAAAAUACAAAAGAAUUUGGUUAGACUUGAAUAUAAACUUCGACACAUCGUGACUUUGACUCAUGACUCGGUCUCAGUAUAACGACAA